GCGUAGUAUCGGCAUAGAUGUGACACAUCCCGUGAGAACGCCUUCGGGAGGUUUCUUUUUUGUUCCUCUCCGCUUUCCUCCGACGAGAGAGGUAACCUCGCGGAGGUGCAAAGGUACGACCGAACGAAUGUAAAGCGGCCCUGACGAGAGUCUGAGUCGCGCGGGCCGUCGGUAAACACACGCGCGGGAUUUCGAGAGCCUCCUUUGCAUUCGUUCGAUAUCGCGUAUCUCUCUUGAUAUCAUCUGCCUCUGUUCACAGAUACAUUGUAUCCGUAGUUUUAGGGUUUCGGAAGGGAAAAAAAAUCGGCUUUCCUCCCAUUUUCCUGUAGGUUCUCUCGGUUUCUUAUCUUUACGGGGAAAGGUAAAUGUGGCAGAUUUCAACUGGACACACGUGAAUUCUCCCAAAACGAAUCUCCCUACCCUUGGGACAGAAAUCGAAGACAUCCGCGGAGAAAUUGCAAAGAAAACAAUGAAUCCGAGUUUUUCUUCUUUCCGAAACUUUCAAACUACAACAUUCGAUUCUUUCGUUCGUGGAGGUUAGAUAGCGGAAGGGUGAACAUGCGGGGUAUCGCUCAUGCCGAAACUUUCGCCCUGUGUGUCUAAGGGCUAGAGAAUUGCGAGGAAAGGUCGUCGGACACGAAUUUCACUCGGAAUUUCAUCCUCGUUCAUCUUUUAAUGAGCAUUGCGUAAGAGAUUCGGCACAAUUCCGCGACACAAUACUGAAAUAAAUACUCCGCGCGCAUUAUCAUUGUAAUAAUCAUCCCGCAUUCGUUACGUUUCACGCCUUCGCUCUGGUAUUAGUGUUUCGCAGCGCUCGUACCGUGACAAAUUCAUGUGCAAAUAAGUUAUUUGUGAGCGAAACCGCAGACACACGAGGUAUAACACCCCCUGCUGCUGCGCCGCGUCGUCGGUACGGCUUUGUUUCGCAUCGAGUGCAGAAAAGUGGGCAUAAGCGUACAGCGGGCGGCCAAGACGAAUUCUAUCUCGUCCUCCCGCGCCGAGUCUUUACCGCCGUUGCCACCGUCGUCGUCUUCUCCGCGGGCCGAAUGUCGCUCAUCUCCGUCAUCGAGCCAGUGGAUGACAAAGAGCCACCAGUCGGCCGAUUCGCCACCAGAAGGAAGAGCGUCUUCGCGGAGACCUACAAUCCCGAGGAAGAUGAGGAGGAUGAUGGCUUCAAGAUGGUCCAUCCAAAGAGCGACGAACAGCGACAAAGGCUCAGCGAGAGCGUUAAGAACAUACUUCUGUUUCGCGCCCUAGACGAGGAACAAAUGGCGGAUGUAUUGGACGCGAUGUUCGAAAAAACCAUUCAACCGGGAGAAUUUAUUAUCCGACAGGGCGACGAUGGUGACAACUUUUAUGUGAUCGAGAGGGGGAAAUUCGAGGUUUACGUGAAGGAUCCCACGGGGGUGGACAGUCUCAUUCACACUUACGAUAAUCGCGGUGCUUUCGGAGAACUGGCCCUUCUGUACAACAUGCCCAGAGCAGCCACCGUCAAAGCUAUCACACCCGGCACGCUCUGGGCCAUGGACAGGCAAACCUUCCGGCGUAUUCUUCUCAAAUCCGCGUAUAAGAAGCGCAAAAUGUACGAAGACCUCAUCAACAAAGUGCCGAUGUUGAAAUCCCUCGAGUCUUACGAGCGCAUGAAUUUGGCGGACGCCCUCGUACCAAAACAGUAUUCCGACGGCGAGCAAAUAAUCAGGCAGGGCGACACGGCGGACGGAAUGUACUUCGUCGAGGACGGCAUCGUCAGGAUCACUAUACUCGGCGAGAACGGCCGUGAAAUCGAGAUUAAUCGCGUUCCGGCCGGCGGUUAUUUAGGCGAACUGGCACUCGUAACGCAUAAACCACGUGCUGCUUCGGCCUACGCUGUAGGGGACAUCAAACUGGCAUUUUUGGACGUUGAGGCAUUCGAGCGUCUGCUCGGCCCGUGUAUGGAACUUAUGAAACGUAAUAUUGACGAUUACGAGGAUCAACUAGUCAAAAUUUUCGGCAGCAAAACCAACAUCUCGGACAUCCGAUGAACUGUCCCCGGGCAGCUCGUCAUCGCCGCGCCGCUGUACUAGAGACACGACGCCUUUCGUACAGCGUAAUAAUAAUAAUAAUAAUAAUGUAUAAGGAGCACAAAAAAGAACUUGUACCACCUACUUCUGAAUCUCAUCCGCGUGUUUUCGAGCAUCAUCUCUCCGAGAGUCGACUUUCGUAUUGACUAUUCACCUAGACAUAUACCGGUGUAAGAUUCGUCGAUGAUAGUUACCAAGUUUAUACCUGUGACACACACAUUGAACGAAAAAAGGCCGCUCUCCGACGACUGUGUCGUGUAUGUAACACGAUAUCGACAACAAAAACACGGUAUUAUAUAACAUAUUCUCUCCAAGACUGUAUGCGCUAGAAUAUGAAUGUGAGAGCGUUAUAGCGCGUUCCGCCCGCUCGGUCGGUCGGUCGCGAAAGUCGUGCGCGAGUAUUUUCAGGUGUUCUCUUAGCUGAUUUUGCAUUCGCGCCGUCCGUGGUGUCGUAUGUCCCUCGGAAACGCCGGGAUUCGGGGGCAGCGUUUUUAUUAACAUCCGACUUAUCCCCGGAAUCGACUCGACAUUGCCUGUCUCGAUGUAUAUCUCGACCUGUGUGCACACACGACCACACACACUCGCGCGUUGUUCGUUUCGAGGUAAUCGGAAGUAAAGUUAUAAUUUCCCUUGUUUCUUUGCACGGCACCGCCAAAAACCCGGAAUAUUCGAAAUCGAAUGCUUCUUCUCGUUGAACUUCUCUUCUUGGCCGGGGAUAAAUUGCAGGAUAUACGGUUGUUCAGUCACGCUAAGACGCUCGUGACAGUCUCGCGAGAAUUUUAGAGAAAAUACCUAUAACAUGCAUAUCACUCUUCCAGAGAUAAUGAAAGUAACAUAUUGCCGUCGUUGAACCGAUGAGAAAAGGGAAAAAAGGCGGAACUAUACGAUACUCUUUGAUACCUCCCCCCACCCCCGCAUUCAGCAACAAAUAAUAUCUUGAAAUAUCAGAUGCGACAAUCAAUGUAUUUCACCUUUAUAAUUUGUGCAUUUUGGACGCGCAAUCCGCACUCCACGAGUGAACACGCACAUACACGUACACAAUAUACGUCGCACGCGGCGCACAUGCUCGUGAUAAAAUAAUUUCUAAGCACGAUAAUAAUAUAUUUGAUGUGUGUUUUCAGUCCGCAUAAUAGUAUUUCCAUUCCAUUCUUUUACUAUAAUUACAGCUUUUCUAUAUGUGGAGUAUUUGAUUAACAAUCGUCGUUUACGUUUCUACGAUGGCUCUUUUAAUCGGACGUGAUUAGAUAAAUCUCUUCGGUGCGUGCCAAUUUCGUUGAGACUCACGCACGUCCUGUGUAUUCCGGCGUGGCUUUUACGCUUUAUAGAUUUUACACAAGACGCGUAAAUUUCACCAGAAAUUCGGCGAGAACGCACUCCCGUACUGAGGAUUAACUUGCAAUUAUUUGUGGUUGGGAAGUAAACUAGCGCACAGUAUUCCGUACUACUAGUUUUUCGCGUCUAAGAGAAGAUAUCAGUUGCACAUUCUAAAAUCGCAGAUCUACUCUCUGAAUCUGAGAAGAAGACACAUAUUUCAUCGACCCGUAACACCGUUACCGCGCCAAUUAUGUUUCACACUUCCGUCACGGUAAUGUCACCCUGGGUAAAAUCGCCGAUUCACAAAACUCACUUGUUUACCGUUGAAGGGUAUAUCGUUCACGCGAUCGCAAGACUCGUACAAACGCAUUCUAUUUCGGAUAUAGAACAACUUGCUACACGCGUAGAGAAUCCAAGAUUAGCGAGCCUUAAAAUUGGCUUAGACGUGCGGACGCGUAACGAUGCGUUGCGAAGCGAGUUUCGUUGCUUGUGUGUAUGUGUGUGUGUGUGUGUGUGUGUGUGUGUGUGUGUGUGUGUGUGUGUGUGUGUGUGU